AUGGCGCUAGGAGGAGCCUUCAGCAUCUUUAUGGCACUUUGCUUAUCUUGCCUGCUCAUCCUGAUUGCUUGGAAGAGGACCAGUAAGGGAGGAAAGCUGCCCCCUGGCCCCACACCAAUACCAUUUUUGGGGAACUUCUUACAAAUCCGCAUUGAUGCCACAUUUCAGUCCUUCCAGAAGCUCCAGAAAAAAUAUGGCUCUGUGUUCACCGUGUACUUCGGUCCAAGGCCAGUGGUUAUCUUAUGUGGACAUGAGGCAGUGAAGGAGGCCCUGGUGGACCAGGCAGAUGACUUCAGUGGCCGUGGUGAAAUGCCUACACUAGAGAAGAACUUCCAAGGUUAUGGAGCUCCCAUAGAUCCCACCUUCUACCUGAGCCGCACUGUGUCCAACGUCAUCUGUUCCGUGGUCUUCGGAAAACGCUUCGACUAUCAGGACCAGCGUUUCCAGAGCCUCAUGAAGAUGAUCAAUGAGAGCUUUGUGGAGAUGAGCAUGCCCUGGGCACAGUUAUAUGAUAUGUACUGGGGAGUCAUGCAGUAUUUUCCAGGAAGACACAACUACCUCUACAACUUGAUAGAAGAGCUUAAGGACUUCAUNGCAUCCAGGGUCAAGAUCAAUGAAGCAUCCUUUGACCCCUCAAACCCUAGGGACUUCAUAGAUUGCUUUCUCAUCAAGAUGCACCAGGAUAAAAGUGACCCACACACAGAAUUCAACCUCAAGAACUUGGUUCUCACCACCCUCAACCUCUUCUUUGCUGGCACAGAAACUGUGAGUUCCACGUUACGGUAUGGAUUCUUGCUGCUGAUGAAGUACCCCGAGGUCGAGGCCAAGAUCCAAGAGGAGAUUAACCAGGUGAUUGGAACACACCGUACCCCAAGAGUGGAUGACCGGGCCAAGAUGCCCUACACUGAUGCUGUCAUCCAUGAGAUACAGAGAUUGACAGACAUUGUUCCCCUGGGUGUCCCUCAUAAUGUCAUACGGGACACACAUUUCCGAGGCUACUUCCUACCCAAGGGUACAGACGUGUAUCCCCUGAUUGGCUCCGUCCUUAAAGAUCCCAAAUACUUCCGCUACCCAGAUGCUUUUUAUCCUCAACACUUCCUGGAUGAACAGGGGCGCUUCAAGAAGAAUGAUGCCUUUGUGGUCUUUUCCUCUGGAAAGCGCAUCUGCGUUGGGGAGGCCCUGGCGCGCAUGGAACUCUUCCUUUACUUCACGUCCAUUCUUCAGAGAUUCUCCUUACGUUCUCUGGUACCUCCUGCUGACAUUAACAUCGCUCACAAAAUCUCAGGCUUUGGCAACAUCCCCCCAACUUAUAAGCUCUGCUUCAUGGCCCGCUGA